UGUAAGUGUGUGUAAGUGUGUGUGUGUAAGAGGAAGAUCAGCAGUUUUGUGCUCACACUAAUUCUGAGAACUGGACAUUCGGAACACAUUUAGAUGAAUCUUUCAUGAACAGAGAAAUGAAAUCAGUGAAGAAGCUCAUCAUCAUUUACUCUCUAUUUCAAGCUGUUUUGUGUAGAGAAUUCUCCAUCAGUCUACCAGAGAGUGUAGAAGCUCUGAGAGGACUCUGUGUUCUCAUACCCUGCAGUUUUCAGAUUACAGAACAAUAUGAUGCAGACCUCCAGGGAGAUCCUACAGGAAUCUGGUUAAAAGAUGGCACUAAUGCUGUCAGUAACAAAGUCUUUAACUCUAAAGUAGCUACAGAGAACAAGAUUGAAGGUGAAAUUAUUGGAGAUCUCCUCAUGAAGAACUGCACCACCAUUUUCUACAAUAUCAGUGAGAGUGACAAAGGAACAUAUUAUUUUAGAUUAGAGGCUACAGGAGGUCUAAAAUACACUUAUAAAACAUCAUUUGUAUCAGUGAGAGUUCGAGCAUCUCCAAUCAGACCCUCAAUAACACUGUAUAAGGAGGAUCAGGGGGAGGUGGAGGACCACAAUGAGGUGGUGGAGGGAACUUCCCUGAGUCUCAUUUGCUCUGCUCCAGCUGCUCCAUGUCUCUUAAAGCCUCCCACUUUUAGAUGGAGCUUCCUGCCUGAGGAGAGAAGACAGGAGCAGAACCACAACACCAGCUUCAGCUCCUCAAAUCUGAACUUCAACGUUACUCACCUGCAUCAUGGACUCGAUUUCACCUGCACCGCCACCUACCAGCUCCAGAACCAUAACAAAUCAGUACAGAGCUCUUAUACUCUACAUGUUCUGUAUGGUCCUAGAGACACAUCAGUAUCAGUGUCUCCAUCUGAUUCAGUACUUUUGGGCAGUUCAGUGUCUCUGAGUUGUAGCAGUGAUGCAAACCCAGCAGUGAUGAACUACACCUGGUACAGAGAGAACGGAGAGCAGAUAGGAACCGGAGACCAUCUCACCAUCAACACGACUGAUUCUACACACAGUGGUUUAUAUUACUGUAGAGCUCAAAACCAGCACGGAGAUCACAACACCUCUGUGUUCCUGGAUGUUCAGUAUGCUCCUCAGGUCUCUCCAUCCUCCAGCUGUAACAGCACUCAGGACUUGAUCAUGUGUUCUUGUGAAGUUCAUGGAAACCCAUCUCCUACACUGCAGUGGAGUCUCUCUGGACAAACUGUUCACCUCUCUGAGGCCACACAGAUCAGAGAGGAACCUGUGGGUGACUCGGGUUUAAAAAGCUUUAUCUCCAUCCAAAAAUCAGUUAAGAACGUACACACUCUGCAGUGUGUUGGCUCCAAUAGGCAGGGUGUUGCAUCACAACUCUUCUUGUCCUUUAUUAAUAAAGCUCCAUGCUCUGCUGGAAAUUAGUAAUGUUUUACUUAGUUGUGUUUUACUCCAUUACAGUGGCAAAAUCUUAGUACUGGAUUCUCAUUAUUAAAAAAAUUAAAGUUGGUAUAAGAAUGAAACAGAGACUAAAUUUGGUUAAAUUUACUUUUGUCCUGCAUUGUCUUUUGUCCUGUACUGUCUUUUGUCCUACACCCUAACCCUAACAUUACUGAUUUCAAACCUGAUUGCCUCUGCCAUGAGGUUAAGCUUAAAUGCACACACAGAUACACACUCAUACUCCCUCACAUAUCGGUGAUAAUUCAAUUCAACUAAUUUAAUAAUUUGAUAAACGAUUGUAAUGAUAAUUCUGCAUUCUAAUAUUUCACUGUUAAUGUUUUCAUUACGUUUUCACCACAAUGCUGUUAAAUCCUGGACUCUGAUUGGUUGGAAGGUGUUGAUUAAUUCUCUCUAACAGCAUCUCUGACUGUAGUGCAGAUUUAUAUUAAUGCACUUGCUCUGAUACCUUGUUGUUCCCAUAGCAACCGCUCAGUCACUGGGCUAAUACGUGUUAGCUAGAAAGUUACCAGAGAAAGUUAUUAAUUUAAUUAUUAAAAAUCUUUAUUAUAAAAGCUAUGUAAUGUACCCUGUAUUUACUGUAAUAUUUACUGUAUUA